AUGCCUAGUGCUAUUUUUCCAAGUCAAAAACCAUCGCUGUUAGUGGGAGUAAAACUCCCACGGUCGAAAUCUGAAUGGGACAGGGCAAACGAAUAUUUUCGUAUGCAGAUAGACACUUCAAGGAAACUAGGAAAUUUGAAUAUGGAAAUCGAUCACCUGAAUAGAACUAUGUGGGCGUAUUUUAGUGCCAAUUAUGGCCAAGUUAAAGCUAGAAACGAAUUCAAUCACUACAAUAAUAUGUCAAAAUCAAAGCUAAAGAAAUGCCUCAGAAACCUUAAACUUCAGAACGGCAAACUGGAAGAAAAAAAAUAUGUCAAUAGAUUGUUGCGGAAGAAAUUGCGGUCACAUGUUCAGCGUAGUUAUGAAGAAGAAUUAAGUAAAGAUUUUUGGAAAUUUUGUAAAAAAGAGUUUGAAGAAUAA